AAAAUUCGCAGCCUCGCCGCUCACCCGUUGUUGGUCCAAUGUUGGCUGUUGUUGUCAUUUAUAUCUCCACCAUCGCCCUGCGUAUUUCCUUCAGUCAACAUCCGAAAUCGUAAAGGGGCAUGCGUGAAAGUCGAAAUAAUGUCACUUGAAUAUCGCUCGGCUGCCAUCCAAGGCAAUGUCUCAAAUGCGUGCCAGACGCUCAGUAUGCUACCAACGGGGUGGCUUGUUGCGACGAUACCUUGGAUGAUCUAUGAUCAACGCGGCAAGCAAAGCUGUACCAUAAACGGUUUGGAUAAGACUCGAAAGUUAAAACUGUUUGCUACUGUUGCGCAUCUGUCAUUGGAGAUUCUUUCUACUCACCAUCGAGUGGCGGCUCCUGAACACCCAUUUCAGUCACUGAUUACCAAGCAAACAUUGGAUAUAUGCUCAGCUGGAUGUUUAGCUAUAUGGUUUGACAUGUAUCAUCGAUACGAGCAUCAACCAUCUACAGCACUAAGCAUUUACCUUGCUGCCGACUUCGUUUUCAAAUCUCUCUUUCUAUGGCAAUAUGAAGAUGCUAACCCUUUCAACCUUUGGAGACUAUUUGCAGCCGUUGCGUUAGUAUUGAAGCCUUUAUUGAUCUUUCUGAAUGAACAACCGAAGCGCUCUGUGCUAUCUGCAACAGCUCGCCGGCUGUGUCCGAGUGAGGAAGUUGGCUUUUGGACAGCGCGCUUGGGGCUGUGGGUUUUCCCAACGCUUCUGAGGGCUCGCAAUGAGAGUCUAAGCCAGGAGAGUCUUAACAACAUGCCUUUCGAAACCUUCGAUGAGAAUUUGAACAGCAGAUUCCAAGUUCAAUGGGCCAAAUAUUCUAAUGGCACCUACGCUCUGAUCAGAACAACGAUUGCUUGCAGCAGACCUGCUCUCCUACAAGCAACUGUAGUCGUAAUCUUUAAGAGUAUCGCCAAAUCCACCAUUCCGUUUCUUGUUGAAAGCCUGGCUUGUGCUCUGGAGUCUCAGCAGAAGUAUGGGCACACGAACUCAAGCAUCAACCCACAAGCUUUCAUCUUUGCCAUACAGACUUUAGGACUCUUCCUCAGUUUAUCGAUUUUAAAUUCGCUUUCGACAGGGAUUACUAGUAAUGCUGGUCUUGCUCUACGAGGAAUAACGAUGUCAGCACUCUACAACAAGAUAUUCAGCAUUUCGGAUCGCCACGCCUCGCAGUAUCUACCGUCAUCAUUAAUGACCGACGAUCUAGAUGUAGUCGAAAAUAUGGUGAAAGGCUUUCACGAUAAAACUGCCAAUCUGAUGGAUAGCAUCAUUGCUUUGUAUUUGUUUUGGCAUUAUCUAGGUCAUCGAGUUGCGUGGAUAGUGAUAACCACUUUGUGUGGUGCUUUCCUUUGCAGCGUUUUAGGUCCUAUGAUGGCUAAAGCACAGGGAGAUCGAGUUGUGCACUCAGUUAAACGCAAGGCUGAGACCGCCAGGUUACUGCGCAAUGCAAAAGGCGCAAACAUGACAAAUAAGAUCAGGUCUAUCUUUGCGACUAUCAUGGGUCUCCAGGAUGCUGAAAUGAAAAGCCGCCGGGUAUUAUAUCAGAAAAAUGCUCUACAUUUUGGAGUUGCCAUCAUUAUACAAGCUAUUCAGCCCAUAUUUAUUAUUGAUCACCAGGCGGUUGUCUUCUCGGAAAACGGCACUUCGAUUGUAACAUGUCUAGCUCUCUCUUACGCCUUUGUUGACGACUUCAGACUUGCGAUGCAAGUGGCGAAUUACUGGGCGAUGACAGUCUCUGCCUUUUCCAGGAUAGAGACUAUCCUACGUCUUCCAGUUACUGCCGGCAUCAGUGUCGAUGAUAAUCUACGACAAGGAGAGAAUGCUGCGGUAAUGGUCCAUAUGGAGUCUGCAAACAUUGCACCAGACUCUGAUCUGCCGGUAGUCGUUCGAGAUGUCAACAUGUCAUAUGCCCGAGGAAGUCUUUCGGUUAUAACAGGCGAAUCCGGGUCAGGAAAGUCAUCUCUCCUGCGCAGUAUUACAGGGCGAUCAUUCAUUGCUGAAGGUGUUGUUACCGUUGCCGACGACGAUAUUGGCUUCUGCGGCCAAGAGUUUUGGCUUGAGGACAAAUCGAUUCGAGAGAAUAUUGUGGGAUCUUAUCGAUUUCAUAGGCCCUGGUACAACGUUGUAAUAGCGGCGUGUGUGCUCGAAGACGAAGCUAAGGGUCUCGGCGAGCACUUUCUUGUCGGCCCAAAUGGAGCGAAGCUAAACAGGUCCCAACGACAGAGAAUCGCUCUCGCACGCGCUAUUUAUUCCCAAGCGUCAAUUAUGCUUCUGGAUGAUGUCCUCAGCUGCCAAAGCCAAGCAACUGCUCGAAAGCUAGUUGCAAGACUAUUUUCAGGCCACGGGCUAUUACGGCCAUCCACGACGAUUAUUAUCAUUGCUUCUCAACCUGAGGUGCUUUAUCGAGUCUGCGAUAAUAUGCUUACAAUCAAUGGAGAUGGUAGUGUCGAGAAUAUUGAUGUAGAUCUACUUAUUCCUCUACCUUUAUUUCCGCUACCGAUAAACCCGGAUAUGACGCUACCAUUGGAUGAAUCAGCAGUUGAACAAAGCCCAGGGAAUGUGCAAGAAAGAUCAGAUGACAUUGCCCACGCCAACCGACCCCGGCCGCUACUUCAGAAGACACAGGGUCAAGCACGAUUAUCCACGUAUUUUCAACAUUCAAGCUAUACUAUGAUUAUUCUAUCAAUCAUGGCUAUAGCAUGUACCACUAUACUAGAAAACUUGCCUGCGAUACUUGUGUGCUUUGAGCAAAUUAUAGUGUCACAUCAGUUUUACAAAGCUGGCAUGGCAGCGACGAUUCUAAGCGGGCCCAUGUUUGCCCUUUCAAGCAUUGUAUUUCAAGAAUACAUUUCGAAACAGAGCGGAGAUGUUUUUCAUCAGAACCUGCUUAGCGUCACAUUAGGCAACUCGAUUAGUUUCCUAACGGCCGACAAGAUUGAGCAGGCUAUUAACCUUUUCAGCGAAGGUAUUGGAAAUAUAACAGGAAUUUUAGCAACCCACAUGUUUCGAACAAUAUACCUGAUAUCCGGUUGCCUCGUGAUGUUUGGGAUUAUCUACGGUGUAUCAUGGGCAACGAUAUUGCUACUUCCGCUUACUGUCAUCGCCAUGGCAGGUAUUCGUUGGAUUCAUUAUGGAUGUUGUGUCCAACUGCGUCAAAUGAAUGUUGUUACGUCUGAGGCCAACUAUGCGAACUUCGAUCAAACAAGAGUUGGCCUUUCCUAUAUCGUUGCUUUUCGGACGGAGGACCUUUGCUAUAUGCGCAUCCAAAAUGUCCUUCGCGAUUUGCAGGCGAUAAAGUAUCACCUUUCAGCUCUCCGACAAUGGAGACGGCUGGCGAUCGAUGUUUUUUGUUCAGUCCUGGCGGCAGCUUAUGUCUUACUUGCCGCACUCUCUGCUUCAUCACCAUGCGCUGUGAGCAUUGGUCUGUCUAUGUUUAUGGCCGUACAAGAUUCAUUUGACAAUCUUCUAGAAAGUCUUAGUACUAUAGAUGAGUCUAUGAUUGCAGUCCAUCAACUGGACAAAUUCAUAGAAGACGCACCCGAAGAAGAGCCGCCGAUAGUUUAUGACGUGGAGUACCACUGUCAUCUUCGACCUACCAUCGAAUUUGAGAAUGUCUCUAUUGGUUACGAGGAAGGUCAGAACAAAGCCGUCUUGAAGAACAUAAAUCUCAAGCUCACAGAACAUCAUGAGUAUGGAUUUUUCGGACAACUAGGAACGGGCAAAACAACUCUCUGUCUAGCUCUCCUCGGCCGUCUCCCUUAUACGGGUUCCAUCAAACUUAACGGUCUCGAGGUCGAAUAUAUAUCCCGAUCCAUGAUGCCGCGUCUUUUCACAGUCAUACCCCAGGAGCCAGUUGUGUUUCAUACAAAAACAAUUCGCCAGAAUCUCCUUCCUGACGGAAUUCUACGGGCUGAUGAAGCCACGGAGGCUCAGUAUGACCAUGUAAUGGACCGUAUUCUCCAUGGCGUUGGUUUGAAGCAAAUUGUUGCCCGAAACGGUGGAACUCAGCCAAGCUUCGCGACGCUCAAUCUGUCCUAUGAACAGCUACAGCGAUUUUCUGUCGCGCAGGGGCUCAUGUCGUAUUUCAUCACACCCACUCCAUAUGUGCUGAUUGACGGGGCUACGAACCACGUUGACGACGCAAGCUUGGCUCGCAUGAGAUCUAUCAUGAGUGAAAUCUUUGGCACGGGCAAUAGUGUCGUCAUCAACAUGGCGCACUACACUGCAGCCGUCAAUGGAAUGCCCUGGGUAGGUCGCUUCCAGGACGGAAAGGUGAGGCAGUUUCGAACAUUGCCAACUCUUGUUAUGUCGGAUUGGCACGCAUUUUAGACGGAUGACCGCUUUUUGGACAGGAGAUCUCUCUAGACAGAAGAGGAUUUAAUAAAUAAUGCAAAUAAAU